AGGAAAGGGGCCUCACUGAGGGUGAAAGCCCCGGAGGGGCCGAGGGCGCGGCGGCGCCGAUAAGGGCAUCCCGCCCGCGGGGAGGCAGCGCCAGCCGCCCUCCGCCCGGGGCCGCGGGCUGUGCCCUGUCCUGGGGCUCUGCCCUGCCCUCGGCUCCCCUCCCGCCCUCCGCCCCCAGGGGCGAUGCGGAGCCACCGGGGCCGUGCAGCACCGAGGGGCGCGGCGGAGGCGGCGGGGACAUGAGCUCGGGGGGCGGCGGGGUCCCGGGGCCGCUGCUGCCGCUGCUGCUGCUGCUGCUGGCGCUGCCGCCGUGCGCGGCGCGGGUAAUUGUGAACAGAUCCAUUCCGGACGUCUGUGCAACUUGCCACAUUCAUGCAACAUGCCAGCAAAGUGGAGGAAAAAGUGUUUGUAUCUGCAAUUAUGGAUUUGUAGGCAAUGGGAGAACCCACUGUCAAGAUAAAGAUGAAUGCCAGAUUGGAGCCAGCAAGAUCUGCGGAAAUCAUACCCUGUGUCAUAAUACACAUGGAAGUUUUUACUGUGUUUGCCUUGAUGGAUACCGAGCCUCCAACAACAACAAGACAUUUAUUCCCAAUGAUGGCACGAACUGUACAGAUGUUGAUGAAUGUGAGGAGUCUGGGCUGUGUGGUCACAAUGCAAGAUGUGUGAAUACUGAAGGAAGCUACAUGUGUUACUGCAAUGAUGGUUACAAAUUAGAAACUGGAGAGCGUUCUUUUCGUCAAGAUGGAAACGUAGUUUCCUGCAAAGAAAUCGGAUGUGGUUCCCCUCCUGAAAUGAAGCAUGGCUACAUUGUGGGGAACUACAGCUUACUACCAGGAAGUGCAGUUCAUUAUGAGUGUCAAGAAGGGUUUUACAGCAAUGAAGGAAAGUUCUCAUACUGCACUGCAAAUGCAACUUGGGAACCUGCCACUUUAAGCUGUAAAGGUGUGGACUGUGGGGUUCCACCUUCUGUUUUGAAUGCCCGUCCAACAUCUGUGAGUGGGACCACAUACAGAAGUGAAGUUACUUACGGUUGUGUUCGUGGGUACCUGAUGGCCGGCGGCAGUGGCACUGCAGUCUGCAAUGCCAAAGGACAGUGGGAUGGCCCUGAUUUGGUGUGCAAAGAAACAGACUGUGGCAAACCUUUGCUGAUUCCACACACGACAAUGACCUGGGACAACUCUACCACUCUGGGGAGCAGAGUGUACUAUCACUGUAAAGAAGGAUAUUAUUUCAAUGGAGACAGGAAUUUUUCAGAAUGCACAAUAGAUCAGUCAUGGGAGAAUAUUGCAUACGUAUGCAAAGACAUUGGACCGGCUCCGGACCUGACCUGGGACGUCCAGGACCCCCGGCGUCUACGACAACCUGACGAAUCUAUAAUUAGUUGGUUAGUCCGCCUCUGGGAUGCUGCAGGGGAGGUUACGAUUUUGGAUGGCACUGAAGCGAGGCAUUUGGGAUCCCUGUCACAUGAUCCUGUCAUCGAUCAAGGUAUGAUGAGCAGGGCUAGCCCUCACAGCCUCUGGGAAUGGGUCCUGGAUAGUGUAGCACAAAGAUACUUAUGUGUAGAUGAUCUCUAUAUACAGCAGACACCGUGGAAGACCAUAGAACAGGGAAUCCAACGCCUGAGAGAGAUGGCGGUGGCAGAGCUCAUUUUCUCAGAUGAUAUAACAACUAGGAAUCCGGACCAGGUACCAUGCACACCGGUAAUGUGGAGGAAACUCGUGCGACUUGGGCCACCUGAAUACGCCUCAGCCCUAGCAAUAUUGAAGCGGGAUGACAUAUAUGAGACUGUGCUCGAUAUGGCGAAGAAGCUUCGAGCGUAUGCAGAUGCUGUGCAUGGCCCAACUCAUGCCAGAAUUGCAGCAGUGGAAACCCGACUGCAGAAACUAGAGGACAAAAUAGAGGAGAACCAUAAGAAACUCCGGGAAGAGAUUAAGGAGGACCUUAUUCAAAUCUCUGCUGUACAAAUUAGAGGCCCUG